CCGACCUGGAUCGAGCGUAGUGUUGAACGCGGCAAAAAUACGAUCGAACGUGUGCCUCUUAUUCUGUAUACUCUAGACUGUUUUCAAAAUAUAAUGUUCGCCUUUGUGUUUCCACCUUGCUAAAUUUCGGCAAGAUAAUUGAUAUUAAUUAAUUGGACUGGAAGGAAACCAAAAUUAGGAUCGCAAAUAUGCCUGUUGGCGGACGAGUUGCUGGUAAAGUCAGUGGCAUCAUCUCCAACAAUUAUAAUGGACGGUCGUUCAAAGGGAUCAACGAGGAAAUAAUAUGGGUGAGCAUAGGAAUGAGCAUCGCCAUCGCCAUCCUGAUAACGAUAGCGUUGUGUUACAUAAUGAGAGAGAAGUACAUACAGCGGCGGGAGUACUACAUCACGGCAUGAAACGUCGUACCUUUAUAAAGUACGCCUGAGAUUCCUUUUACGAAGGAGAUCUCGGGCGGUUAUGAUCAUGUAUAAACUAGUCCAUCUUUGUAUGUAUAAUAUGUAGCAUGUCAUCUUCACAUAAAUUACUUUUUAGAUACGGAUUUUCUAUGGCUGAACUUAAACAUUACCAUAAACGGUUUAAAACGUCAACUCAUUAAAAACGUUGUUCCGGUGUGGCUUUACGAAGUUGAAAGUUGCUAAAUCGGAACAACUGCAUAAAUUCAAAACGUGCAAAUGUGUGAUAAAAUGACAAACAAAUAAACUGUGCCAAUAUUUUAAACUAAACCUUCAGUCGUACCCAAGAACUAAUAACAAAAAUCAAAAUAAAAUUGUUGACAACAAUUUCAGUAUGACCGAAGGAAUAAACUUAUGAAUAUGCCAAAACUUAAAAUUAGUCAGGGUAGCACUUGUUAGUAUCCUAUAACCCUUCCAUGUUUAGAUCUUGUUGAUGUCUCAAAACUAAUUUACACGCCGAAAUGCUUAUUUUGGACUACAUAUAGUUGGCCUAAAUGUCCUUUUUUGUGGACCAAAUAUUAACCGAAUAGUAUUUUAGAACUUGUAGAUAUUGUAUGUCAAUUUUGAUGGACAAAUUGUUUAAUAUGAAUAUACAACUGUUUAUUAUACUGUAAAAAUUUUAUUGAUGAGAACCUGUUAGCUUAUUUCAAAUUAUAUUAGUUAUAGAAUAUAAUUUAAUGUUUAUUAAGUUCUACUUCCAUUGUUUUAAUAAUUAUACAUAUUGAAAAGUA